GGAGGGUGUGGGACCCGGAUGCUGAUGCGAGGAACCAGAACGGAGAAAAUAACGCUUUACAACGCAAAUAAACCAUCAAGACGCGCAAAAUAUCAACGAUCAGCGCGCAGCGCAUCAGCCACAAUCAUAAACGCAAAACCUCCUUCCCCAAAAGCGCACGGCGGACGCGAGCGUGCGCGGGACCGGCGAGAGAGAGGACACACGGCGGAGACGAGCAGGAUGAGGAUGCUGCGGUCCGUGCGGCAGGAUGGAGCUCAACAUCAGCAUCAGAGAUGAAACAGAUCUGCCAGAUCCGCUACAGUGAUGCGAGAGGAUGCAGAGCGACCUGGAUCUCCUCACUGUCACAUACGCCAUCGGACUGGGGUUUUGGGUCUUGCUGAGUGUGAAACGUAAUAGAUUUACCUGUUUAACAGUAAAUGGUAAGAUUCUGGCUCCUGCACCUGAGAUUUAGGCCUAGCACAAGUGUACUGAAAGCUUGUGGUUGCUUAUAUGUUGCAAACACAGUUGGGAAGAGUUUCUAAAGGGUGUUUUUGUCAUGAGGAGGUGAUGGCCAGCUGGUAGAUACAUCUAGAAACAGGAGCUUACUAACAGGACCUGCUUUCUCUGGGAGCGAAAAGUCUUAUCGAUUGACUUUGAUUGGCAAAGCUAUGAAUUAGGCUGCUUCUGUGGACCUGACUGUGUCUUUGCAUUGCCAUCAGCAUCUACAUGACAAACAAUACAAGUCUGAAAGAGUUCAGAAUAAUAAAAGGGCCUUUUUGAAAGAUUUUAGGGAGCUCCAGACUCAGCAUGGAUAUAUUUCCGGGUUGUUGCAGACCCUUGGGAGACUAUUUUAGAAAAACUCAACUCAGAAACGGUACGCUGUGAAAAUAUUGCAUGCAGUAGCAAGUUUAACAGGAGCCAGGCCGCCACUAUGUCUAAGGAACUGUCAGUGACCCAGGCAGCUCAGUAUGUGGGGCCGUAUCGACUGGAGAAGACUCUCGGGAAAGGCCAGACAGGUCUGGUGAAGCUCGGGAUUCACUGCAUCACUGGUCAAAAAGUAGCCGUCAAAAUAGUCAACAGAGAAAAACUCUCCGAAUCUGUGUUGAUGAAGGUGGAGAGAGAAAUUGCUAUUUUAAAGCUGAUCGAACAUCCACAUGUUUUAAAACUCCAUGAUGUUUAUGAGAAUAACAAAUACCUAUAUUUGGUACUGGAGCAUGUUUCUGGAGGAGAGCUGUUUGACUAUUUGGUGAAGAAGGGCAGACUGACGCCUAAAGAGGCACGAAAGUUCUUUAGACAAAUCAUAUCUGCUCUGGACUUCUGUCAUAGCCACUCCAUAUGUCAUAGAGACCUGAAGCCAGAAAACCUCCUGCUGGAUGAGAGGAACAAUAUCAGGAUUGCAGACUUUGGCAUGGCCUCACUACAGGUGGGAGACAGUCUGCUAGAGACAAGCUGUGGAUCUCCUCAUUAUGCAUGUCCAGAGGUUAUCAGGGGCGAGAAAUAUGACGGUCGACGGGCUGAUGUAUGGAGCUGUGGAGUCAUUCUCUUCGCUCUGCUAGUGGGCGCGCUGCCCUUCGACCACGAUAACCUGCGGCAGCUGCUGGAGAAGGUGAAGAGUGGAGUGUUCCACAUGCCCCAUUUCAUCCCACCCGACUGCCAGGCUCUGCUGCGGGGCAUGAUCGAGGUCAACCCUGAAAAAAGACUCACGCUAGAGGCCAUCCAGAAACAUGCCUGGUAUCAAGCUGGACGCAAUGAGCCGUGUCUGGAGCAGCCGCCCCCGAGGCGUGUGUGCAUGGGACGGAUCAUGUCUCUGACAGAGCUGGACCCAGAUGUGCUGGACAGCAUGUAUUCUCUGGGCUGUUUCAGGGACCGGGUUAAACUGGCCCAAGACCUGCAGUGUGAAGAAGAUAACCAGGAGAAGAUGAUCUAUUAUCUCCUGUUAGACCGUAAAGAGCGCUAUCCUAGCUAUGAGGAUGAGGAUCUUCCUCCCAGAAAUGACAUCGACCCUCCACGGAAGCGUGUAGACUCACCCAUGCUGACGCGUCACGGCCGCUGCCGGCCAGAGAGGAAGAGUCUGGAGGUGCUGAGUGUGACGGAGCAGGGCUCUCCCACACCCCCGCGCAGAGCGCUGGACACCUCCACACACAGCCAAAGGUCUCGAUCUGUAAGUGGAGCAUCAACAGGCCUCUCGUCUAGUCCUCUAAGUAGUCCCAGGAGCCCUGUCUUUACCUUCAGCGAGCCGGAGGUAGUUGCCGCCACCAAAGCGGCAAGCGGCAGCACCGUCGCUCGUCCCAACCGAUCGCAUGAGCCCAAAACGCAGACGCUUCCAUCUAAAACCGUGCCCGAACGCCCCCAACUCCAGUCCAUGAAGUCCCUCCCACUGCCCUCCUCCUCCUCCCGCUCUCCCUCCCCUUCUCCUCUCUUGUCGCCCAUUCCCCGCUUCCUCUUCUUUCCUUCUCCAUCUGCGGUGCUGAAGUCGGUGACUAAAAGCUUGUAUCCCAUGUCUCAGGUCACCCCUCAGGGCUCUCCCCUGCCUACCCCGCUGGGUACCCCUGUGCAUCACCCCCACCCCCCCACCGCUACCCCACCCUCCUCCUCCUCUUCCUCUUCUUCCUCCCGAGCCGAGGGAGGAAGUGUGGGCGUGGGCUCACUCUCCUUGACCCCACCCUCUAGUCCAGGGGGAGGCACCGGCAUGGCGGCCAGUAGCUCCGCCCACUGGAGGACGCGCCUCAACUCACUGAAGAACAACCUGUUGGGGUCACCACGGUUCCACCGACGCAAGAUGCAGGUGCCAACCUCAGAGGACAUGUCCAGUUUAACACCAGAAUCAAGCCCAGAGCUGGCUAAAAGGUCUUGGUUUGGGAAUUUCAUCAGUCUGGAGAAAGAAGAGCAGAUUUUUGUGGUCAUCAGAGACAAACCUCUUAGCUCCAUUAAAGCGGAUAUCAUCCAUGCCUUCCUCUCUAUUCCCUCCCUCAGUCACAGCGUAAUCUCUCAGACGAGUUUCCGAGCAGAGUACAAGUCUUCUGGAGGUCCGUCUGUCUUCCAGAAACCCGUCAAAUUCCAGGUAGACAUCUCCUUCUCUGAGGGGGAAAGAGAACGGGAGCGGGAGAGAGACAGGGAUGGACAGAAAGAUUAUGGAAUCUACAGUGUAACAUUUAGCCUCAUAUCAGGUCCAAGUCGCAGAUUUAGACGAGUUGUUGAAACAAUUCAAGCCCAGUUGCUCAGUGCUCAUGAUCAGCCCAUGGUGCAAACUCUUUCAGAUGAGAAGAACGGUCGCCCUCCAAGAACACCAACCAGACAGAACUCCCGGCGCUCAGAGGGCGGAGCCGACCGCUGCGAGUGGGUGGAGCGAGGAGAGGGCGGGGUUUUACUCCAGCGCAGGGGGUCGGGAAGAGAAAGAACCCGCCUACUUUCCUCCAGUGGAACACAAUCACAGCCCUGAACAAGAAAUAGUGUGAAUAAUUAGAAGUCCAUCAAGAUAAGAGCCAUGAUAUGAGACUAAACUACUCGUUCCUUCUCCCCUUCUCACCUCAGAACAGCAUGAAGGUAAAAUGUGUUUUUAAAGGAGUCUAAUGAAACCAAAUACUGAUACACAUUGUGCAAGAACACGGGAUGCAACAAAGCAAGAACCGUCUCCGUUGAACAAUAACACAACAUAAACUUCUGGGAACUUUCUUCUGAAACGUAUUUAAUUUAUCAUCCUGGACAAUGCUUUGAUUUACGCUGUAUUUUCUCUCAUGUGAUGUGGAUGUAAUGUGCAAAACUUGAGUUUAUAAUGACAUUCGUGAAACGAAAGGUUUCAGUUGGGGGUAGCACACCAUCUGUUCCUUACAGGCCCAGUAUCCGUUUCAGCAAUCGAGUAAUUAUAGCAACAGAGACGUUAGUCCAAUUUAGUCUGAAUUUUUAUCCUCCAAGAAAAUACGUAGAGAUCCAGAAGCUAUCAGCACCAAGAGUCUGCUCAGUCAUAUGCAAUAAAUAUCAAUAAGCUACAAAAGAUUCAGUCUAACAAAGCUGCACAUGCUGAAUCUUUUAAAACAUGAUUACCUCCUUGAGCGGACAGACUCAUGAUGAUUUUAUGACCGUAAAUAACUAGCGUUGCUCACCAGCCCUGAGUCAUUAUCUAUAGACAACUUCAUUUUCACCCUCCAUAGAAAUGCUGCAUGCUAAAUAACGUCAAGCUCCAGCCCCUAAUGACUGAUUGUGAUUGUAAAACAUUUCUGCGAGCGUUUACACAUCUAAAUCUGGCCUCGAUUUACCCUUUUGGCAGCUCAAACGUACGAGAGCGUCUGACUAACGGAGGAUUCCCAUGACUGUUGUCUCCAACAAUAUAAAGGAACGGGAAUCUUAACGUGAAAGGAUGUUCAUCCCGAUUCUCUGUUGCUGCAAGACUUUUGGUUGAAGCCAACCAAGUGAAUGUCGUUGACUAUUUUAUUUGUGAAUUUUGGUUUAUUGAAAAUAAUUUAUUUGUAUAUUGCUCCUCCUAAGGACUGAAAAUUUGCCAUUAGGUGUACAUAUCUAUGUUUAAGAAAGAAUGAAAUGUCUGAGGUAUUAAAAAUACAUAUUUUGGGGGAAUUGCAACAUUAUCUAUGGCAAAAGUCACUUUUCUUUUAAACAAGCAGAGAUAUGUGCUUUCGACUCCUGUCUUAAUCAUAUUUUGGAUUUAAAACUAUAAAUAUUGGUUUUAAAAAAGAAAAAAAAAACUUUUUAAAGAUGUGCACAUUUUGUGUUAUUAGCAUCACUGAAUGGAAAUGCAAAGAUAAUUUGAUUUUUCUGAACCCUUCCCCUCAUCUGCCAAUCAAACAGAUAGCCACACCCCUAAACUCACACCAUUGAUUGAGCCAAAGUUGCUUUUUAAUUCAAAUUUUCCCUACAUACAGUCUAGGUUCUCUAAAACUCUCUAGAACUUUUAACAUUCCAUUCCAUUUUUUACAGUUUAAGUCAAACAUUUACAUACACCUUGCAGAAUCUGCAAAAUGUUGAUUAUUUUACCAGAAUAAGAGGGUUCAUACAAAAUGCAUGUUAUUUGAUAUUUCACAUAAAAGACUUUAUUAGUUGAAUUUCUAAAAAUGACGCCGUUCAAAAGUUUACAUACACUUGAUUUUUAAUACUGUGUUGUUAACUAAAUGGUCCAUAGCUGUUUUUUGUUUAGUGAUAGUUGUUUAUGAGUCCCUUGUUUGUUCUGAAGAGUUAAACUGUCUGCUGUUCUUCAGAAAAAAAUCCUUCAUGUCCCACAAAUUCUGUGGUUUUUCAGCAUUUUUGUGUAUUUGAACCCUUUCCAACAAUGACUGUAUGAUUUUAAGAUCCAUAUUUUCACACUGAGGACAACUGAGGGACUCAUAUGCAACUAUUACAGAAGGUUCAAACACUCACUGAUGCUCCAGAAGGUAAAACAAUGCAUUAAGAGCCAGGGGUGUAAACUUUUGAACAGAAUGAAGAUGUGUGCAUUUUUCUUAUUUUGCCUAAAUAUCUUAUUUUUUUCAUUUAAUACUGCCCCUCAGAAGCUACAGAAGAUACUUACAUGUUUUCUAGAAGACAAAAUAAGUGAAACCUUCAAAUUUUAAAAAAAGUUCAAAAGUUUUCACCCCCUGGCUCUUAAUGCAUUGUGUUUGCUUCUGGAGCAUCAAUGAAUGUUUAAA